AAGCCAUUUUUGCUGCAGCGCUUGCACCCCGCUUUCCGCCGCGGCCCCAUUUCCACCUCCCGACCGAUGGCUCCCCUGGACGCCGAGGAUGAGGAGACCGCGGAGAUUUUCAGCUGCGGCAUCUGCGACGAUCUCAUGCUCGGCCCGACCACGCUGGGGUGCUGCGGACGCUCCUUCUGCCGCAGGUGCCUCCGCCAGUGGCUCCGCACGUCCGUGCACACCGCCGGGGUGCCGCGCUGCCCAGGCGGCUGCACCGCAAAGGUGCCAUUCCGCCUUCCGGCGGUCUCCGUGUCCCUGCGGAGCGCGAUGGAGCAGCUCGUACCAGAGAGGCUGGCGCAGCGCCGGAGAGAGGCCGAAGCGGACGGCGAGGCGCAGGAGGAGGUCUGCUUCGGGGGCUUCAAGGCUUGGCAGGAAGUCGCCGCCAACCGCGACAUCAUCUUCGGCAGGAAGGUAGGCGUGCGACAGGGCACGCCCGGGAUCCUCGUGGGGAACUUCACCGACGACCACCACGUCACCGUCAGGUUCGACGAGCGGGAGGACGGGUCCGACCUGUGCGUCAACGUGCUCCCAGAGGCCCUGAUGGCGCCGCUGCCGGGGGGCUUCCGCCUCAGCCAGCGGGUCGUUGCCCUCUACGAUCUGCUGCUAAACGGCGAGAUCGGGGUCCGCCUCGGCACUCCGGGCACGGUCGUCGGCUCACUGGGCGAGGAUCGCCUCAUGGUGCUCUUCGACGUCCGCGCCGCCGACGCCGUGACGGGCCAGGGCGGUCCCGUCAGCGUGAGCUUUCGGGAGGUGGCGCCGCAGCGCCUGCUGGUGGGCGGCUACUGCAUCGGGCAGCGGGUGCAGUCGGCCAUGGACCUUGUCGUCGGGAACAGGAUCGUCGUCAACGCAGGCAACCCUGGAGCGGUGCUAGCAGAGUUUAGCGACACCAGGCUGACCGUGGCGUUCGACGCGCCGCAGGGCGGGGCACAGAGCUGCUUCAACGUGCUGCCGGUGGAGAUCCGGCAGUGGUGCGAGCCGCCGAGCAGUCUGCCUGUCGGCUCGGAGGUGCAGGCCACGAGGGACUUGCUCGUCGCGGACUCGGUGGUCGUGCGAGGUGGCGAGAUUGGCACCGUCUUGAGCGGCAUCGACGAGGCUCAGGUCUUCGUAUCCUUCCGGGGCGGUGCCGACGGCGGCGGGCCGCACACCCUGGCGCUCGGGCUCGACGCGGUGCGCAGGACGGGCAGGCCAGUGGAGGUGGACUAAGCCGCUGCUGUGCAGCGUGGAGUCGUUGCCGCGGCGCCGGGCCAGACCAAGCCUGCCCGCACGCACGGGAUGAUGCUGAUGCUGCUGCUACUGCUGAUGCUGAUGGUCGUGGUGACAAAUAGGUUGGAGGAGGUUGUUUUUUCUGAGAGGCUUGCAGCCCCUAUUCUUCUUUUUGUCCUGGCCAGAAAGUCUCACUGCACGCAGCUGCCGUAGGUGCCGUGUGCGAGUCCUUCCAGCCAGCCGCCGCUUCGCUCGAUCGGACUAAUUACGUUGUAGCGAAGUGUGGCCUUCUUCUGGUGGUGGACGGAGGCCAGGUGUCGCCAA